GGACGGAGUGCAGCCUACGACUCUACGACGGCCCUCGAAUAGCUGUACGGCUGGUGUUCUGUCCGUUGUUCGAUUGUUCUUGAACCCUGACAAUUCCGCUUGCGGCUCCCACAGAUAGCCACAAUGGUUCACAAAGUCCUUUUCUGGGGCGGUUUCGGCAUCGCCGUAAGACUCUGGCAGCUCGGCAUUGAGAUGCGCCCGUUACUCGCCAAGGAGUCCCUCUGGGUGUAUCCCCUCUUCGCCGGCGUGGGUGGAAGCUUUGGUUACUGGCUCCAGGGCGUUGAAGACAGACAGCUCAAGAUCCUCUCGCAACGACGUGAAGCCAUCCUCGAGAAGCGCCGGAGGAGAGACGCUGGUGUCAGUGCCGUGGAAGAGGCCGGUAUUCUGGCUGCGACAUCAUAAGUCGGACGAGUGAAGGUUUGGGGGAAGAAAAGCGAGGGGAAGUGCUGGAUGAAUUGUACCAUUAUCGGGUCGAUGGAAUGGACUUCAGGCGGAUACCUGGCUGACACGGACGCAGCAAGACUCAAAACGCUCCGUGUCGAGGACCGCAGACCAAUUGAUAACCUGUUUUCUUUUCGCCGCAAUUGCA